AUGCGUGCCGCCACUCCAGCCGAGGACUCCGGUAUGGCCGAGUCCGCUUUUGAGCUGAUCAGCAGCAUCGAUGUCGAAGAUCAAGAUGAAAAUUACAUCGAGUCUAUAUCCGAGUCUGUUGGCUCACUGGACUGUCCCCGGCCAGACGAUGUACAGUCACUGGCUGGUACCGAACGAACUUUUGAUGAUGAGUCAUUGGCAGACGAAGAAGUCGAGGACCCCCCUCGGUCUACUGAACGCGAGGGCGCCACUGAGUUUAUCAAUGACGAAACCGCCCUUGUUCAUCAUUUUGCUGAUGCUUCGGAAUCAGGCGAAGAGGACGGCCAGUCGCGCUGUUCUCUGGACUAUACACAGCAGAGCCUGAAGACGCCCUCCAUCUUGACGCCGGAAGCAAGUAAAGUCAUUGAAAGGGCGCUGGAAAGUACAAACAACGAAACUCCUACUCCAACUGUACGCUUUCGACAUUGGACGGGUAUUGUCAGAGAGGGACUGUCCCGUACCUGGGAGUAUGCAACAGAUGCGACAGCUGCGGCUCUCCCUGGCCUCUUAUUCGCGGUUGUAUUCGGUCUUCUAUCCUCGCUGCUGCGCCCGCCAACAGUUGAGUUUACCAGACCUGCAGAAACUGUCGCUACCUCUGCGAUUACUGCAACUACAAGACCUAUUGUACUCUAUACGAAGCAGACAACCUCGACUGCCACAGCUGCACAUGACACUGUAUCGGUCAAGGGCAUGGGUUUAAUCUCCAUAAAAGACCAAGCAGCCAACGAGUGGCCUUUCGGACCCAAAAGACCAGACAUUCAAUUUAGCCCCCUAGGACACGGCGCCAUUAUGGUGCACGUUGCUUCUCAUGUGCAGAAAACAUGGUUGAAAAAGAAGACUUGCCUCUCAAUCACAGCUACUCGCAUUGGAGAAGCUGUGGAAAUGGAAUUUUACCCUUCUGAAGAUGGCUUCCUUGUCAAGUUUCCAAAGAAGGAGGCUUUUGGCGUGGUCAAAGUUUUAGUUGAAGCCACAUGCCGACCUGCUGUGACCAAAGCCGUCAAGGUCCACUUUGGAAAGGGCAUCAUUGAAGAAGCAUAUGAAAGGACGAGGAAUUUGGCUCACGAUAUUUCCGAAUUGGUUCCGGUGGCUGCCCAGGAGGCAGAACGCUGUCUUGUCGGAGCCAAGAAGUCAUUUGGGGCGGUGUCCGAUACCCUAGCCAGUGGGAUGGUGACAGUCUCUGACACUCUGAUGGGAAGAAUCGAGACUUCUUCAGUCAAGAUGAAAGAGCUACUUUCUCAUCUUCCGUCGGUUUCGACGGGUUAUGCUGCAGAGGUGGUCAAUAGAGUUCCACAGACUCUGGAAUCGAUGUACAAGCUGGCGAUGGAGGCUGGAGCAUCGCACAACAUCAAGCUGAAUGUUCAGGAUGGUAUACUUGAUGCCCAGCUGUACUUUCUCAGGACUCGAAUCUCGGCCCGGAUGUGGUGGCUCAAGGUGACGGGGCAGAUCGCGGAGUAUGAUGAGUAUGGCAAGAAGGCUAAAGACUUCAUGGCCAAGAGACGGCGUGAAGGGCGAAAUAAAAUUCAGGGUUUAUUCCGUGAUGAUGGUGGCAAGGACCAUGCCUUUUGUGGACGGACGAAACGAAACUGGUGCAAAUUGAAUUACCGAAAGGGAAGGGACAUUUGUCUUUGCAAAGUAGAGGCUUGA